AUGAUUUUUGGCAGGCAUCAUAUCAAUUCUGUGAAGCAAGGUAGAGAAUACUUUCACAUACUUCACCAAGAAUCACUGGAGAGGAAGAACAUGCUGAAAGCAGCCCAGCAGGCUCAGGGCACAAGAUGGAGAACUGAGUUCCGGCCACCCAGAUACUCCUCCGAUGCAGAGGAGUCAGAGGAAGAAAUAAACACUUGCUCUCUAACAGAACGCAACCACCUGAGGAAGUCAGGGAAGAAGAAAAAAAAGAUGACCUUACGGUCUUUCACUCCUGUUCAUACAAGUGUCUUGAUUCCAAGCCCCCCUGGAGCAAAACGUGAGCAUCUUUUCCGACAGCUGUGCGCCAUACAUUGGCUUUUGGAAGCUUUGACUCUUGAAUCCAACAGUUCGAUGCAUUCCAUAUUAACGUGUUGGAAUCCAGCGGACCCUGGUGGUUGUAAAAAAACAGUAAAAGAAAUCGAAGAGGAAAAGAUAACAACAUAUAUGUGGGAGCUCUUUAUUACAAACAGAAAGAAAUGCACCUGGAAAGCACGAUGCAGUCCACUUAGCAGGAAGAUAAACAAGAUAUCUACUCCAGGCAUCUCUCAGCUUAGCAGUCAGUCAUCUCCCCAGGGUCAAACCCCCUGUGGCAGCGUAACUUCCACUGCACUUUGCUCUGAAGACGUCGUCAGUAUUAAUAUAGCUUCAUCUGAUGUUAUGAGUGAGUCAACACAAGCUAAAGAACAACAACCUCUUUUCCCCUCCCUACAGAAAAGCAUCCAGAUAACAUGUGAAGACGUGUCAAAAGAUGUCCAUAAACAAGAAGAUAUGGUUAAGGCUGUACUGCAACGCUGCCAUAUCAGCUCUUUCAUUAAAAGCAAAUCUAACUUGUGUGCUGAUAUGAGGCAAAAGUUCACAGCAGUACGUGAAGAAGCAGCUUGUUGUUUACAUAAUACCCUAGCAAGCCUUGAGAGGAGGCAGGAAGAGCGAUGUUGUCAAAAAUAUCAGGCUUUGAAACAAUUGAAGUAUUUCAGAAGAGACAUGGAAAGAAUAAGACAGCUGGGCAUAAGAGCCAAAAAAGAACAUGGUGAAGAUGGACUAAACUGGUUUCCUGUAUUGCUUGCCAGACUCCCAGAGUCUGUGAAGAGUGACCGUUAUGUACAGAAAAUUUUAAAGAAAUUGGAAAAAUAUGGCAAGACUCCUGACUUGAAAAUUCAUCCAGACAGCUUUCUUAAGGCUCUGGCUGAUCUACAGAUGUGGGAGCUGUGUUCUCCAGAAAUUGCUGCAGCUGUAGAGUUUGUACGUGAAAGUAUUGUGCAGAUGCCAGAAGAGGAUUUCAGCGAGUGGUUUCAGACAAGAAUAGCCCCCCUCAGUGCACAGUCCUCCUUUUAA